GGCGGCCCUGCUGACUCGGGAGAGGGAGGAGGAGGAGUGUGUGUUUGUCGGCAGACAGUCAGUCAGAAGGACCGGAGUCCCAGCGGCAGUUUGGGAGACUCUGAGCAGGGAAAACUGUGUCCAAUACGGGAGAACUCAAAAGGGGGAAUCCGACAUGAGUUGGGGAACGGAGCUCUGGGACCAGUUUGAAAAUCUGGACAAACACACUCAGUGGGGGAUUGAUUUUCUGGAGCGCUAUGCAAAGUUUGUUAAGGAGAGGCUGGAAAUUGAGCAAAACUACGCCAAGCAGCUACGGAACCUGGUAAAGAAAUACUGUCCAAAACGCUCGAAGGAUGAGGAGCCAAGGUUCACAUCAUGUCUGUCGUUCUACUCCAUACUGAAUGAACUCAAUGACUAUGCUGGUCAGAGGGAGGUGGUGGCGGAGGAGAUGGCUCACAAGGUGUAUGGAGAGCUGAUGAGGUACGGCCAGGACCUCAAAGCUGAGAGGAAGCAUCAUCUACAGGAGGGCAGGAAGGCACAGCAGUAUUUGGAUCAUUGCUGGAAACAGAUGGACAAUAGUAAAAGGAAGUUUGAGAGAGAGUGUAAGGAAGCAGAGAAAUCCCAGGUGACCUAUGAGCGGUUAGAUAAUGACAUCAAUGCCACCAAGUCAGAAGUGGAAAAGGCCAAAGCCCAGUUCUACCUGCGGACUCACAUGGCUGAUGAGAGUAAGAACGAGUACGCUGCUCAGCUACAGAACUUCAAUGCAGAGCAGUGGAAACAUUUCAACAACUCCAUACCAAACAUCUUCAAGAAUCUGCAGGACAUGGACGAACGUCGGACGGUGAAGCUCGGCGAGACAUACCGGAGCUUUGCUGAGGCAGAGCGGAGAGUUGUUCCCAUCAUCUCCAAAUGUCUAGAAGGAAUGGUUUCUGCUGCCAAAGCUGUCGAUGAGCGAAGGGAUUCGGCCAUUGUCGUGGAGUCAUUUAAGUCAGGCUUUGAACCUCCAGGUGACUUCCCCUUCGAGGACUUCAGUCAGAACCUGAGCAGAACAGGCUUAGAUGGGUCCAUCAGCAACACACCCAAAGGAGACCGAGACAGAGACGGGGUCCCCGGACCACGAUCUGACCCAAAACACCCUAUGAGCAGAACCAAGAAUAAACUUUGGCUGUUUGGGAAGAAACCAAAGGCCCCAUCUCUGGAGGAUUUUAGUCACUUACCUCCGGAGCAGAGGAGGAAGAGGCUGCAGCAGAGGAUCGACGAACUCAACAAAGAGCUCCAGAAAGAGAUGGACCAGAGAGAUGCCCUGAACAAGAUGAAGGAUGUGUAUGAGAAAAAUCCACAGAUGGGAGACCCCAACAGCCUGCAACCUAAAAUAUCAGAGACCAUUUGCAACAUGGAGAAGCUGCGCUCAGAAAUCCACAAAAAUGAGACUUGGUUAUCUGAGGUGGAGGGAAAGCAGAGCUCCAGAGGAGACAGAAGACACAGCGCUGACAACCACCAUCACACUCCUCAGGGCAGAGAAAGUCCUGAGGGCAGUUACACAGACGACACCAAUCAGGAGCAUCACACACCUCACCACCGCACCAGUCCUCCACAACCUGGACACCCAAACCCUGACCCUCAUGAGUUUGAUGAUGAAUUUGAUGAUGAUGACCCGCUGCCUGUCAUUGGACACUGCAAAGCGCUGUAUUCCUUUGAUGGUCAGAAUGAGGGGACGCUGGUGAUGAAAGAAGAUGAGGUGUUGUACAUCAUAGAGGAGGAUAAAGGUGAUGGAUGGACGAGGGCGAGGAAGCAGAGCGGAGAGGAGGGCUAUGUUCCCACCUCCUACGUAGAAAUCACCAUGGAGAAAAACAGCAAAGGUGCUGUCACCUACAUCUGAAGCCACACUGUCCUCUGUCCUCUCCUCCAUUCCUCUGUCAGUCUCUCCAUCUGCUCUCUGUUCUUCAACUUAACACUACAAAGGAACAAGACAGCAUCUGAACACCUGCAUGGACAUUCAUCCGUUUCUCUUUUCUGAUUUCCAUCCCAUCUCUUUAUCCUUCUGUGUUGUCUAUUAAUCAUUUGUCCUCAUCCUCCUCUCAUAUGUGGGACUGUUUCAGAGGUGAGUGUCUGAGCACAAAGACAAAUAGGAAAACCCUAUUUGAUGGUGUUUGAGUGAUGUUUAUAUUAUGUUUGAGGCAUUUCUCUGUGUUUGAAAGAUGUCUCCACUGCUGUUUUUAGCCCCAUGUCAAGGCUAUACCACUUCUUGUCGAUCAAAGUGUUUAAAAUUGUUUUAUGUAAUAUAUUAGAAACAAUUUAUUUUUAUUUUUAUCCAUUCCUUUAAUUAUUUUUGACAUUUCCUUUUAAAACUCCCUGAUUUAAAGCUCUUUGGAUUCAUGUGUCGACAUAGUUUGAAGUGAAAGAUUUUCAUCUGUUUUUUAUUUCUGUCUGAUUGCAGUAUGUGUGUGUGUGUGCAUGUGUGGGCAUGCACAUUUGAUUUUUCUGUGUUAUCUGUGCCAUCACACUAAAGGUGGAAUUACACUUACAGAGGUUUGUCUGGCUUCAGCCUUGGUGGUUUUGUAUCAAACAGUUAAAAAAGAUAAAAAUUCGAUUCAAUUUCUUACAGAUUCCAACUGUUGAAACAGUUUUCACAUUGGACAUUGAUACAACUUGUUGGACUUAUUUUGUAUUUUGAUAUUGAGUAUCCUUUCAGAUCAGAAUAUUUUAUGGAUAAGGCUAAGAAUUAUUCUGCUUUUUUUCUUAUCGUCAACAAAUCCUAUGAAAACCAACAAUGUGUUUAUUUGUUUCUCAGUACUUGUCAGUGCCACUCAGCCCAAAGCCUGAUCAUUCUGAAGACAUCAGUCAGCAAAAAAUGAGUCAUUAAUUGAAAAAAAAAUUAAAGAGUGGCAGUUCCAUAGUUUCUAGCAAACAUUGCUAAAACUGUAGUAAAUAGUGCAUUUGUUGGGGAUUGUUUUCAGCUGCAACCAAUACUCAAUUUGUACUCUUGUGCAGUAGUUUGAAAUGUUGACCGUACGACAUUUCUGUAGCAACCACUAACCUGUAUAUAAUGACAGGUGACGCUGUCUGUAUUAUCUUGUACUCAUAUGCUGGUUGUUCUUGGUCAUUGUUUGAGUUGCUGAUUAAAAACAGCCCUGACCACUGGAGUUUCCGUGAUAAUAUAGGUCUGUAGCUCACCCACUGAAAAUGAUUCAUUCUGCCAUAGUCCUGUUCGAAGGUUUAUAAUUGCAGCCAACACCUUGUUGUACAAACAAAGCAUCAUGGCACUCAAAUACUGAGUGACCAUACAGAGAACAGCUGACUGGCAGCAGUUAUCAGUUCUUCCACAGUCAGUGAGCAGUGACUUAAAACACAAACCUCCUUCUUAACUUUAAUCAUGUUUUUUAAUGGAUGCACCUUGUGUGUGUCUCGGUGUGUGCGUUUGAGUAACUGGUUCUCUCCUCUAUGUGACUGCAGGUUCCUGAGGGCUGCAGGGUGGCCGGGCGAUUUGAUUGGCUGGUGGAGGGCUCACGCUGAUUGCUGAUUAUUGGUGGUGGGGGUGACUGAGAAAGAGAGAAAACUAGGGGGAAAGAGAGAGGUAGAGAGGGAGAGAGACGUGAAGUGGGCUGGGAGGCAGGUUUGCAUGACUGCAUGCUCACAUAUCCAUGAUCAGCAAAGCAUUUUGGGUCACUAGAGGAAGAAAGGAGGGUCAUAUUGUACGUAGAAGAGAUAAUCCCAAAGCCAUAAACAGGCAAUAAUAUAUUUAAUAUCUUUAAGUAGGAUCCUAAGUGGUAGCCACAGGAGAAGUCCCAUCUUGAACUGUAGGUUUCUGACUUUAACUGUUUGUCUUAAAAGCAGCAGAGCAUGAAACUGAGAAGACCUUUCAGACCGGGAAGUGACUCCUGCAGCAGCUUCAGCUAAACAUACACUUAGUUGACAGUUUAUUAAGUACACCUAACUUAAACUAAAACAACAUCAUGCAAUAAAUCCUACUGUCAUUAAGGUUCAUAAUGUUCAGUUUUUGUAGAGAGAUAUUGAUUCAACUCUGUGAUUAUUUAGGAAGGUGCAGUUGGUGGUGCUUAUAAUAUUUUGUCCAUCCCAUUUAUAUCAGUGUGGUUUGGCUAAAUGUUUUGGUGAACAUCUUGUAAUCUUCCUAACUAAUGUUGACAAAAUAUGUAAAUGCACUCUGGUUUUUAGGACAUUGUGAUGCACAUGAGCACCACGCACUACAUCCUCAAUAAUGAUCACACAAUUUGAAACAUUUGAAACUGAACAUUAUAACCUUCAUGAAGGGAAGAUUUAUUGCAGGAUUGUUGUGUCAGACGGCAUUAGCAGACAACUACUGCAGUGUUUAUUUAAGCUUAGCUACUUAAUUUCUGACCAUUUCUUAAAUCAGACGCCUAACACGUAAACUUCUCCUCCAAACUUUUAGUCCAGCUCCUGUGGAGAGAAAAACCAGUUGAUUUCAAACUCAGAAUAUCAGGGUUUAUUAACUUUCAGGGUCAGGAAUGCUUACAGUACUUGCUGCCACUAACAAUAUCAGUGCUGCACUGUUCCAACUCACUCCUGUCAUCAUCAUCAUUAUCUGUGCUCUGUUGGUGAUGUCUGCCUGCCUGAGCCACUCUGCUCCUCAUGCCUGCCCUCACCCCCAUCCAGUCGCAUGUUUUUAACGUGUCUUUAUUGUCUCCCAAACAUGAUCAGGUUACUUCUACUGCAACGUUGUAAGUGUGUGUGCUUCUUUGGCUGUGUUGUGUGUUGAAUGCCAUAACAUCAUGAUGUUUUCAUGGACCUCCAGCAUGAGUAUGAUUUAUUUAUAUUUGUUUAAUGUCUCCCAAACAGCAAAAAUCAAUUAUUAAUUAGGUAGAUAGCAGGACUAUCAGGUGAAAACAGGACCUCUCGUGCCCUCUCCUCCUUUCUUUUUCUUUCUUUUCUCACCUUUCGUCUUCUGUCCUUGAUUGUAAUUCCACCAGUCGACCACCAGAUGGCAGCAUUUCUUCACUGAACCACUGCUCAGCCUGAGCUGGACUGGGCUACUUAACACCAAACAAAUAAAGAGGAGCUCCGGUGUUGCUGCGGUCAGACUCUGCCUUAAAACUUCAUGUUGUUUUACUGUGGAGGGAUUUUUCCACACAUACAUAUCUCAUCUCCCAUCAGCCACCUGGGCUCCCUCUUGUCUCUGUGGAGGACUCGACUGCAUCUCCUUGAAAAGUUUUUCCCAUUUAAUUAGUUGUAUUUGUGAAUGUGACGACAUGCACGCAUGUAUCAACAACAUGUAUGCACAUAUAUGGAAAGCCAGACAGGUCAAAAAUAGAAUUUUGCCUGUUUGGCUCCAUGUGUGUACAUGUGUUACACGUGUGACGUUAGUUUUUACCAUUUGAAUGAAUUGUACAUAUUAACAUCUCUUAUGUCAUGCUGAAUGUGUUUCCAUUGUGAUUGUUUUUAGGUUUGUUUGAUUGACACUCUUCAUGAGAGACAACAAGGUUUGAAUUGAACCGAUGCACUUUGCCCUGAAGUACUACAGCAUUUGAAUCUGACUAAAUGAACGAGUGAAUAAAUGAAUGGACGAAUGACUGCAGGUCUGUGUUGUCUGCUGAGAGAGGUGUGAUCUUUAUGAAUGACCACUGUGUAGCAGCGAGAAACAAAAAAUGGCUCUAGUAAAUUUCUCUUCUAAAAAGGUUUUUAUACUCUUUUUGUAAUGAGCAAUGACCAACUUCUUUUGCAUGAUUUUCUAGAUUCAUUCGUCUUUCUGGUGAUUACUUUUUAACCACUUACUGUAUCUGUUCAGUAGACUAAGAAAAUUACACAUCUCAUGCAAAGUUUGACUCCUUUUGAUGCUAUUUAAGACAAAAAUGCCACUAACAAUUCUGAUAUGAAGGUAAUCUGAACAGCAGGUGUUAGCAGCCUUAGUUAGAAUCUGUUUCUUUGAUGAAGCUGUGAAAUGUACAGAAUGAUGCUGUAGAUGUUGUUACUUGAACUUUUCCCUGGCCACACUACUCCACAUUUCCUCUGCUAUCUGUGACCAUUUUGUCUUGGACAUUAAAGGGGUAUUUCAGCAGUUUUAGUAUUUCACCAAUCAGAGACAGAGUAAAGCAAAAACGAUCAGAAGCAGCAGAGGCCGAAAUAUCUUCACUUUCAGUCCCUUAAUAUGGCUCAUACUCCAAAAAUGUUGGAUCCUACAUUUCCCAUAAUGCAUCUUCACAUUGUCUAAGUACACCGUCCUUGGUAAAUGCCUAUGUCUUUCAAAGCUCCACUGAAGGUGUGAUACAGUUGUCUUCACUGGCUGAGUAGGAUUUAACCAUGGUGAGUAAACUGAGUUUUGAUGUGUGGUGAAAUGCCCCUUUAAGAGUCCUCCUCCGCUGAUUUGGAUUUGAAUUGUUUGGGGAUGCAAAAUGGUGCAAAUGAAAGUAACCUUGGUCUGCAGCUCUGUCAGCUUUUGCAUUUUAUUCUGAUGCCUUGUAAACAAAGUACAAAUAUCCAUCACUGCUUUUUAUUUUGUAUUCAUAUCUAACAUCAUGUAGGGCUCCAUGAUGAUUAUUUUCAUUUUCAGUUGAUCUGAUGAUUAUCUUCUCAAUCAGUUAAUCAGUCAUUGUCUAUAAAAUGUCAGAAAUGCUCACUGUAAUUUCCCAGCCUAAGAUCUGACAUAUUCAUAUGUCUUGUUCAACAGUAAAAAGCCCAAAGAUAUUCAAUUUACUUUAAUAUACAACAAAUUAAAACAUCAAAUCCUCACCAGCAAAUGUUUAACACUGUUACUUAUAAAAUAUCAAAAAACAGUUGCUGGUUAAUUUUCUGAUGAUCGACUAAUGUAUUAAUCCACUUAUUGUUGUAGCUUUCGUGUCAUGGUUUUCCAAACCAAGACGAGCUACAGCCAUAAUACCUAUCAACAUUUUUGAGAGCCCAAGGCGACGUCUUCCAGGUGCUACUUUUGUUAAAUAAACUGUCAAUAACCCAAAGAUAUUCAAUUAACAAUGAUAUAAAAAAAACAGAAAAACAGUAAAUAUUUGCAUUUGAGAAGCUGGAGCGCAUGAAUGUUUGGUAUUUUUGCCUGGCUGACGAUUAACUUAUUGUCAAAAAGCAGAUAAAUUGAUUGUUUCAGUACUAAAACCGAUACCCUGCUUAUUAUUGUAACUGUAAAUGUGCACUCAGACACAGGCAGAGAGGAUAAUCCUCUGAUGGUGACAUGAAGACUCAUCCUUUUCACGUUAAAUGAAUGUUUAUGUUGCUGCCUGCAGGGCACUUUUUAAACUCAGUACAUCAUGCAAACUCUUAAACAGACAGUACAUUCCAAAUUUGUCAUUUUUUAGGCAUGUUUGGAGUGUAACUGUCCCUUUAAUCAAAGCUGUGUGAAGUUAGUGGUGAUGCAGCAGCUUUGAAAUUAGUCAAAUUGACCAAAAGUCCCAUUAACAGUAAUUUUUUUUAAACCGCUAAUAUUCCUAUAAAAAACUGUGAGCUGUAUAUUAUAAUAGCUGCUGUGCUGUAAUCUUAGAUAUUAUGCAAAAACACAUAAUAACAAAUCAGCUUUGAGAUGCUAAAUAUGAUUUUAAAAAAUGCAGUUAAUUCUUGUACAAACAGUUCUUUACUGAAACCUGCCAAGCUACUGUGAGCGUGCUGCUGUUUAUCAUCCAGCAAAAACCAGACGACAUCUUCUUUACAUUCCUCUUCUUUUUAAUCUCCGGUCAUCACGUCCUGUGGAAACUUUGUACAUCUGACAACCAUGAACAUAUACUUUACAUAGCCCUUUUUACUAUCAGCAUCAGUACAAAUAUUUACAGUUAAUAAGAAACAAUAGCAGGUACAAGGUGCUUUAGCAGGAAAUUAACAUGUCAAAUCCAUGUAGAUCAGUGUGUUUUUACCAUGUUGUAUAUGUUUUAAUAACCAAUGGCAGUACUUCUUUCCAUAUUGUUGUGCACAUCUUUUUACUUUGAAUGUUGUCGGACACUUUGUGAACAAAAUGCUUCUUUUCUUCUUCUUCCAAGAUAUUGUUCUAAUAAAAUAAGCAGCAAUGAAAGUAAA